AUGGCGACUAAUGGUCAUACCACCAGCCAGAUAGCUCAACGCAGCUACGCCGCAUUCAAGGUCAAUGGCGAGCAGAGAUCGCGCAUUGGGCAUUAUGACUUUGAUGCGCAGAAGCUCAUCGCUAUGACCUUUAAAUCAGGCACACCACUGAGCAACCUCUACGAAGUGAUUGAGGUCGGGGAAGAUGGAAUUGUUUUCACGGACGAGGAGUUUCAGGUCACCGAUGUCAAGCUCUUGGCACCUAUAUCGGGGCGGGAUGUGCUCGCAGUCGGCAAGAACUAUGUCGACCAUGCGAAAGAAUUCAACUCCUCUGGUUACGAUUCCUCCGACAAGGUGGACAUUCCAACACAUCCCGUCAUCUUCACUAAACGGGCUACCUCAAUCAUAGCACAUGGAGAAGAAAUUUACCCUCAUCCGAAGUUCACAGACUCUGUAGACUACGAAGGCGAAAUCGGGGUGAUUGUUGGAAAACCUGGCUAUCGGAUCCAAGAAUCUGAGGCCAUGGACUAUGUUUGGGGCUAUACGAUCAUCAACGAUAUGACGGCUAGAGAGCGCCAGCGCGAUCACAAACAGUUUUACAUCGGCAAGAGUCCUGACACAUUCUGCCCAAUGGGUCCCGUGGCGGUGCCAAAGUCAUAUCUACCUGAUGUUCUCAAAAUCGAGACAAGAGUCAAUGGUGAACAGCGACAAAGCGCGACCACCGAACAGCUCAUCUUCAGCAUUCCUCAUCUGAUCAAAACACUCUCAGAAGGUCAGACGAUCCAGCCUGGUGACGUUAUUGCGACAGGAACGCCGGCUGGGGUCGGUUUUGGUUUCAGGCCCAUGAUUUUCCUGAAGCCGGGCGACGAGAUCAGUGUCACUGUCACUGGACUUGGAACGCUCUCGAAUCGGAUCGCAGCGAUGACCUCCAAGAACUACAAUGUUGACCGGGUAACAAACGUCACCGUUGUUCCUACCUUCAACGAGGUGAGGCUUCGUGGUCAGAAGUCUGUUCAGAUCGAUGGCAAGACCCUCUAUUACAAACGAUUCGGCAGCGCUGAUGCUGGGGCACCACAAGUGGUAUGUAUACAUGGCCUUGGUGGGACAUCGGAUUACUUCACACCACUGGUACGAAGUUUGGGCUCGUCGGUCUCACUACAUGUCUUCGACUUCGAGGGACAUGGCUUAUCUGCGACCUCAGCCUCCAGCCAGUUGUCACUCCAGUCUCUGGCAACUGACACCAGUCGGCUUCUCGCUCAAGUAGGUGUCGACAAGGCUCUUAUUGUUGCGCACUCAUUGGGCAGUCUCAUCGCGGUACAGCUGGCAUUGGACCAUCCAGAGCAGGUUGCCAAACUCCUGCUCAUGGGACCACCGCCAUCGCCGCUGCCAGAGGCAGGAGCCAAGGCAGUGCGAGCGCGUGCAUCAACUGUGCGAGCAUUAGGCAUGGCAGGAGUUGUCGAUGCCAUUGUCAGUGCAGGCACAUCCUCCAAGAGCCAAGCAGAGCGGCCACUGGCAAUAAGCGCCGUGCGUCUCUCGCUGAUGGGCCAGGAUCCAGAAGGGUACGCAAAGGCUUGCACUGCGCUUUCCACGGCUCCAGGGCUGGAGUUUUCCAAGCUGCAGUGUCCUGUCUCUCUAGUUACGGGAGCCGAGGACAAGACUUCGCCGCCAGACUUGUGCAAGAAGUAUCAGAGUCAAGUCGCCAACUGCACAUUGCAGACGCUCGAAGGCGUCGGCCACUGGCAUCUCUUUGAGGACGUGCAGGCAGUUCAGCGGUUGGUUUCGGACUUCGUAAACGCAUAG